AUGUCUGCCGUUGAUUAUCUUCUCCAUGAGUCGGCCACUGGUUUCGCAAUCUUUCAGGUUGUGCACCAAGCUGACACAAUUGGCAAUCGAUUGAAGGAAGUUCAAGAUGCAGGUCAAGAUCUUGCGAAAUUUGGCAAAAUGGUCAAGCUUGUCAAUUUUGCGCCAUACAGAAAUGCUGCUGAGGCGCUCGAAAAUAUUAACAUGAUCUCCGAGGGUGUACUUUCCGAUUACUUGAAGUCGAACUUGGAAUUGAACAUGCCAAAGCCAUCGAAGAAGAAGAAGACCAUUCUCGGUGUUUCCGACAAGACUUUGGCUGGUAGCAUCAAGGAGGAAUUCCCGGGUGUUUCUUGUGAGACUGGUGAAACUUCCGAGGUUGUCGCAGACUUACUCAGAGGAUUGCGAUUGCACGCACCAAAGUUGUUGAAGGGUUUACAAGAGGGUGAUGUCGAGAGAGCUCAAUUGGGUCUUGGACACGCAUAUUCGCGCGCUAAGGUUAAGUUCUCAGUCCAGAAGAACGAUAACCACAUUAUCCAAGCUAUCGCUACUUUGGAUCACCUCGACAAGGCUGUUAACACUUUCUCCAUGCGUGUCCGUGAAUGGUACGGAUGGCACUUCCCAGAACUUGUCCGACUCGUCUCGGAUAACCACACAUAUGCCAAACUUGCUUUGGCAAUUGGUAACAAGAAGAACUUGACCGACGAAGAUUUACACGAUAUUGCCGCCCUUGUUGACGAUGAUGGAGAUAAGGCGCAAUCGAUCAUUGAUGCUGCAAAGGUUUCCAUGGGUCAAGAUAUUUCAGUCAACGAUAUGGAGAAUGUUUCCGCAUUUGCAAACCGUGUCGUCAAGCUCGCCGAAUACAGAAGGUCCCUUUUCCAAUACUUGACCGACAAAAUGGCAAUUGUUGCACCUAACUUGGCCGCUUUGAUCGGUGAAGUUGUUGCUGCCAGACUUAUCUCUCACGCCGGUUCCCUUACCAACCUUUCCAAAUACCCAGCCUCCACUGUCCAAAUUCUCGGUGCUGAGAAGGCCUUGUUCAGAGCACUCAAGACCAAGGGUAACACACCUAAAUAUGGAUUGAUUUACCACUCCAGCUUCAUUGGUCGUGCAGGCGCAAAGAACAAGGGACGUAUCUCCAGAUUUUUGGCCAACAAGUGCAGUAUUGCAAGCAGAAUCGAUAACUUCUCUGAGGCACCAACCAACAAAUUCGGUGAGGCUUUGAGAGCCCAAGUCGAAGAAAGAUUAGAUUUCUACGCUACUGGUACCGCACCAACAAAGAACCAAGAUGCUAUGAAAAAAGCAAUGGAUGCUGUUCUCGGUGACAUCAACGUUGAAGACCCAACCGCCGAAGAUACCGAAAUGGCUGACAUCGCCCCAACCUCCGUCUCCAAGCAAGAGAAGAAAUCCAAAGACAAGAAAGAGAAGAAGGAAAAGAAAGACAAGAGCGAAAAGAGUGAGAAGAAGGACAAAAAGCGUAGACACAGCGAAGCCAACGGAGAAGAAGAGGGCGAGAAGAAAAAGAAGAAGAAGAGCAAGGCGGAAUAA